UCAUACCAAAUCAUGGAUAAUAAUAAUAAUAAUAACAACGGCAAAGUUUUACAAAAACCACCUCCCCCCGCCGCCGCCGCCACCACCACCGUCGUCGCCGCCGCUUCUCCCCUGAGAAAAAUGAUCCUGGUCGCCUCAAUCGCCGCCGGUGUUCAAUUCGGUUGGGCCCUCCAGCUUUCUCUUCUAACCCCUUAUGUCCAACUCUUAGGUAUCCCCCACCAAUGGGCAGCCUACAUCUGGCUUUGUGGUCCAAUCUCCGGCAUGUUAGUCCAACCCUUAGUCGGUUACUACAGCGAUCGUUGUUCCUCCCGCUUCGGCCGUCGUCGCCCCUUCAUCGCCGCCGGCGCCGCCCUAGUCGCAGUCGCCGUUUUCCUUAUUGGGUUCGCCGCCGACAUCGGUUUCCACGCCGGUGAUGCCUUAACCACCGGAAAACCCAGACCGAGGGCUAUCGCCGUCUUCGUCGUCGGAUUCUGGAUUCUCGACGUCGCAAACAACACUCUCCAAGGACCCUGCCGGGCCUUCCUCGCCGACUUAUCAGGCGGCAGCGCGAAAAAGAUGAGAACGGCAAACGCUGCGUUUUCGUUCUUCAUGGCGGUGGGGAAUAUAUUAGGGUACGCGGCAGGGAGUUACGAUAACCUCCACCGACUGUUUCCAUUCACGGCGACGCGCGCGUGUGAUCACUACUGUUCGAAUUUAAAAAGUUGUUUUUUCUUGUCGAUCAUGCUGUUAGCGGUUGUAACCGUACUCGCUCUCUCUCUAGUUUCUGAACAUCCAUGGACCCCACCUGAAACAGAUGAGGUGGAGGAAAGAGAUGUUACAGACACGUGUAGAGUGCCUUUCUUUGGGGAAUUAUUUGGUGCGUUGAAGGAUUUACCUAGACCCAUGUGGCUUCUCCUUUUAGUGACGUGUUUGAAUUGGAUUGGUUGGUUUCCUUUCCUCUUGUUUGAUACUGAUUGGAUGGGUAAAGAGGUGUUCGGCGGGAAAGUCGGUGAUAAAUCGUACGACGCCGGUGUACGAUCCGGUUCACUGGGUUUGAUGCUUAACUCGGUCGUGUUAGCGGUUAUGUCUUUGGCGGUGGAGCCUUUGGGGAGGGCACUUGGUAAUGUUAAGAGACUUUGGGGAAUUGUUAAUUUUAUACUUGCGAUUUGUCUAGCUAUGACUGUUGUUGUGACGAAGAAGGCUGAGAAUUGGCGACGCUUAGCUAUAAUUCGCGGCGUUAAUAUUUCACAAACGUCGCCUCCUGCCGGAAUAAAGAGCGGCGCUAUUGCUCUUUUCGCCGUGCUUGGAAUCCCACUAGCGGUGACAUAUAGUAUACCUUUUGCUUUGGCUUCUAUUUUCUCUAGCUCGGCUGGGGCAGGACAAGGUCUCUCCUUGGGAGUGCUGAAUCUGGCAAUAGUCAUUCCACAGAUGAUUGUGUCGGUUACGAGUGGGCCGUGGGACGAGCUAUUCGGCGGAGGUAACUUGCCUGCGUUUGUGGUAGCGGCAGUUGCGUCGGCGGCCAGUGGUAUCUUUGCCCUCACUUUGCUUCCAUCUCCGCCGGCAGAUCAUCCGGGUGCGAAAAUGCCAACCAUGGGUGGAUUUCAUUAAAUAAUAAUAAUAAUAAUUAGUGGCGAAAAAAACUAUAGGUUAAGAAGUUUGGUUGUGUAUUAAGAGAAUUAAUCGUCUGUUAUAAAAACAUGACUUGGGGGCAGACGUAGAUUUGAAUUUUGAAGUAUUAUAUAUAAAGUAAAUAUGUAAAUGUAAAACCAUAUCUUAAUAAGCUUAUCAAAGUUUGGCGAUUUGAUCUAAACAUAAUAAUUGCUUUUAUCAAUUGGUUUCAGUUUAUACA